CGCGUUCGUCGCUAGUGACAACGCAAUGUGUAGGGCCGGGGUGUGUACAACUUUAUUCAACAGGUGUGCUGCAGAUCGCGCGAAACCAUAAUUUUACUCAAAUUUUAAUAAACAAGGACUAACAAUUUAAGGAUCAUAGAAGGCUUACAUUUUCGUGUCCAAGAAGUAGUACAGGGACCGCCUUCUGGGUUUAUCUUGUCUGAGAAUGGCGGCGGUGAAGACUUUUCAGGGUGCACCGUUCGGAACACAGAAAUCACGGUUUGAUGUGUCCGGUGUGCAUCCUCAGAGUAAGAUGCCGGGAACCUACACCCAAGUCUGGUAUGACAAUAAAUCUAUGACACCAUUGAAGAGAAAACUUGGACCGGGUACCUAUCAAGUGGAGGUGGGAACCUUCAGUCAGAACGCUGUGGACAGCAGGGCCUCGGGGCCGGGCUGGGCUAGGGCCUAUGAGACGGCUCGCAUGGCUGCCCUGCCACAUCUACUACACAAGGACCAAUGGGAGAAGAAGAAAAUGCUGGUAAAGAACCUUGGACCGGGGACGUACAACAUCAAAGAUUUCCUGCAGCUGAUCGACACCCAGCCUCGGAGUACCCGGGGAAUCUGUCAGACUCGGGAGAGACGAUUCCGAGGCACGGCAACGAGUGAGGUUCCUGGUCCAGGCACGUAUGGCGAGGGCGGUAUACCUCACACUGCCGUGGAGAAGAAAUCCAAAGUCUCUGCCAGUACGAUAGGUCUACUAGACGCUGGGUCAUCCACACCAAGACAUCUACCUUCUGUGGGUUGCGAGUUGGGUCCCGGGACGUACCAGACACAAAGUUUCACCGACGAACUUGCCAAGAAAGUGACGAGUGUGAGAGGUCCGUACGAUCUGUUUACAGGAGAUCGAAAUGCUACAAUCAAGACCGGUCAUCUAGCCAAAGCAGGUCAACAUAAUUUGGGUCCUGGUCAGUACAAUCUGAAAUCUUUCGUAGGCAAGUGGGACGACGAACAUCACAAGUGGCAGGGAAGAUUUGGCAAACAUUCCCAGUAUCCAGACAGGCCGACGGAACGAUUGAACUGCUCUACGCUGUCACAGUGGCCCAGAUGCCAGAGUGAGCCUGGUCCCGGUAGUUACACAGCCAGGGAACUCACCAGAGUGGAAGGCAAGAACCUCCCUCCGUUUAUCUCCUCAGCUGAACGAUUCGACAAGCGAGCCCGCAAGUUCUUCACGGGACAAACGAAUCCUGUCGGUGCAGGUCGCUAUGAUUUGCAACGAUACGUAGACGCCCAACAUCGCAACGGUCACCGGAGCGUCUUCAACUCCAAGGUGAAGAGGGAAAGGACGUCGCGAGAUAACAUGAUGCAAGAGCGUAUCAGAGCCAUCAAUUUAAGACCUGAAGACAAAACUGACCUGACAGUGCAGAAAGGAGAGGACUACAUCAGGGCCAGAAGAGUCAUUUAUACUCAGCAGUAGGGGUGGGG